UUCCGUUCUUAUAAUCCAUGGAGUUAGUAAUCAGUGGUGCAUGUGGUCAGGAUGUGCCUCUAACGCUUAAAAAUGGUUGACACGCAGCCGAAAGAGAAGCCGGCCCAGAAGGAGAAAACUCCUGCCAAAGAGAAAGAGGAAGGGAAGAAGGAGAAGAAAGAAAAGCGGAGGGAGUUAGGAAAGAAAUUACCAGCAGUUCCCGAGUCUGUGCUUAAAAGUCGAAAGCGAAGAGAUUUAGCCAAAGCAGCUCGUGUAAAUGUUGCUCUGAAGAAACGAACAGAGUACUACAAGAAGAGGAAGGAAAUCUUCAAACGUGCUGAAAAAUAUGUGAAGGAGUAUCACAGUCGCGAACGUGAUGAAAUCCGAUUGGCACGUCAGGCAAGAAAUCGUGGCAAUUACUACAUUCCAGGAGAAGCACGUCUUGCCUUUGUUAUCCGUAUUAGAGGUAUCAACCAAGUGGCCCCCAAGGUGCGCAAGGUAUUGCAGUUGUUCCGUCUGAAGCAGAUCAACAAUGGUGUGUUCAUAAAGCUAAAUAAGGCCACAAUAAACAUGUUGCGCAUCUGUGAACCUUACGUUACAUGGGGCUACCCUAACUUGAAGAGUGUAAGGGAGCUCAUCUACAAGCGAGGGUUUGCUAAAGUUCGUGGUCAGCGUAUCCCUAUUACAUCCAAUGCCAUCAUCGAGAAGAAAUUGUCAAAGUGCAACAUCAUCUGCAUUGAAGACCUGAUACAUGAAAUAUUCACAGUUGGAGAUAAAUUCAAAUAUGCUUCCAACUUCCUUUGGCCAUUUAAGCUCAAUACACCAACUGGAGGCUGGCGCAAGAAGACAAACCAUUAUGUAGAAGGAGGAGAUUUUGGUAACCGUGAAGAUAAAAUUAAUGAAUUGCUCCGGAGAAUGGUGUAAUUCAAGAAUGUUACCUCAGUGUGUAUUUUGUUAUAUCUCCUGUACAGUUUGACAUUAAAAUAUUGAAGGAGAAAAUAUGUGAUA